CAACACACACACACACGCACAGAAUCGCGGCGAUUAAUGAGGCGAUGCAAGCAGCAGAAGCAGAAGCACAUUCCAGCUGGCUGGCUGGCGGUCAAGGGUGAGAGGCAGGCCAGGCCAGGCUAGGCCAGCCCAGCUGCUUGACACUUCACUCAAGUCUUGGCGCGCGAGCAACACGCACGCCCGAUGUCCCCUUCGCGACUUGACUUCUCUUUCUUUCACUUCUCCUCCCUCUCCUCCCAACACUACCACUCCAGCAAAUCAGCAUCCCUCCCUCUUUUCACACACUCUUUCGCAACAUGUUCUUCCGCAACGCCGUCGCUGCUGCUGGCACCGCCCUGGUGGCCGCCUCUACCGUUUCUGCUCAGGGCAACGUCAACUCGGAGAUCGCCGAGGCCGUUCUCAAGUACGGAGCCCAGGGUCUUCUCCCCGGCGUCGUUAACCAAACGGACACCAACGUCAGCUCGGCGUUGAUCCUCUCCUUCGGCGGUCAAAACGCCACUGUAGGCCGUUCCUUCACCCUCCCCGCGGACGACGCCACGCUCAAGCAGACGCCCGAGUACCAGCUCGACGUCCCCUCGACGCUGGCCGCACAGUACGCCCAGGAGAACUUCACAGCCAUGCUCGUCGACCCGGGAGCGGCUGGCCAGAUCCUUGGCGGAUCCCUCGUCACGAGGCAUUACUUGGCUAACAACCUCAAGUACGAGGGUGGCCGCCUCACCAACAGCACCCCUGCCAUCCAAUCCUACGUCGAGCCUGGCCCGGCCGCCGGCUCAGGCGCGCACCGCUACAUGGCUCUAGUCUUCGCGCAGGGCUCCGACUUCGAGGCCCCCGAGGGUCUCAAUGCCCCCGGCGUGCAGCUGAGCAACAUGACCCUCAGCGAGUACAUCGACGAGUCCAACAUCGGCAAGAUUGUCGCCCUCUCCUACAUCACAGUCGAGGACACCAGCCAGGGAGAGCAGACCUUCUCCACCACCUCGGCCGUCCCCUCCGCUUCGGUUGAGGCUGUUGCGUCGCACCUGAGCCAGAGCAUCGCGGGCAGCCCAACGGCGGCUGCGUCCGGGUCGAGCGGGUCGGGUGGAUCGAGCGGGGCGGCCUCGUUCGGUGUCAAGGGCUCUACGCUCGCCGUCGCUGGCUCGUUGGCGGCUGCGGCCAUGCUCGGCUUCCUCGUCGUCGUAUAGACGCUCCUCGCGAGCAGCCCUGCGAUACAACCCCGUCGUUGACGCGUGAAUUGCGUUGGAAGCUUCCCAUCUCUGAGGCCUCACGCUCCGCGCUUCCACCUCUCACACAUCUCAUCUUCUGCUCCUUCUCGCCCCGCCCUAAUCCGCCGUGCCGCGCCACGUCAUGUCGCUACUCUUAACCAUUCACGCACGAGCACGAAUUGGAUCAUGUAUGCAAUUCCAAUCGCCACGUCAUCCAUCUCACUC